AUGGAAGAAAAUUAUUGGCCUCUGUGUCAUCAGCAGGAUAACAUAUUAGAGGACACAAUACCUGAAUAUGCUGCACAGUUCUAUGAAGAGGUCAUAAGUACAAUACUUCGUGAAGAAAAAAAAGCCUCGGGCCUUGGACCACCUAGUCAGAGUCACCCGAUCAUCCACCUGUGCAUCCCUAAUCUCAAGGAAAAUGAAGAUCUCAUGCUGGGAGAAGAGGACCUGCUUAUAUCAGGGCCUGUUUGUGUUACCACAUCCUUCCUCACAAUUACAGGGGCACUGCUAGUGCCAAAGUCUUUUAUGCUUUCAAUUCGUGCAUCUGCACAAGCAGAAAACAAUAUUUCAAAAGGAUAA